CAAGUCAGUCUAAUCUUCACUAAAACCUGGAUUUGCUGCUCCGGACUGAACCCAUCCCUUCAAAACUGUGUUUGGUGUAUUUAUCCAUCCGUCCAUUGUCUGAACCCGCUUAUGGGUCGUGGGGGGGCUGGUGCCCAUCUCCAGCGGUCAAUGGGCAAUAAGGCGGGGUACACCCUGGACAAAGUGCCAGUCCAUCGCAGGGCAACACAGAGACACAGGACAAUCAUGCACACACACACGUAAGGACAAUUUAGACAGACCAGUCAACCUAACAGUCAUGUUUUUGGACUGUGGGAGGAAGCCGGAGUACCCGGUGAGAACCCACGCAUGCACAGGGAGAACAUGCAAACUCCAUGCAGAAAGACGUCAGGCCGGGAAGCGAACCCAGGACCUUCUCGCUGCAAGGCAACAGCUCUAACCACUGCGCAGCCCUGGUGUAUCUAUGUCAAAUAAAAUGGAUCCCAAAACAUUGGUUUGCUUCUUUUCCUUCAUCUUCCUUUUCCAACACCGUGAACUCCUGUGCGUUUGCCUACGGCAAGCCCAAAGGACAACAGACAUCCAUAACAACACAACAGUCUCUGGGUUUCCCAGGUUUUCGGACUCCAAGGUCCGACGUGUGUAAAACCUGCUAUUUAGCGGGUUGCUACCAUAUGUACCGCGUGAGAACGUGACGUGAGCUCAGCUCAGAAAGGAAGUGGUUCAGUUUGCUUCGUCCGGCUUAAGCAGACUGAAUGGGGGAGUGUUCACCUCUGACGGCCUUCACUGAGGAGCAGUUCCUUCUGCACAUACCUGAGGACAGUAGCCUUGACUGGCUUAAAGAUCACCAGGGGAUGGAUGUUCUUCCGUAACUUUAAUUACAAAAUACACUGUGGUGUAACGUGGAAAAUCGGCUUUAUUCAGUUUAAUUACGGUUUUAGUUUAAUUCAGUUAAAUAAUUAUUGAUGGGAACCACUGUUCUAGAUCAGGCCCGCAGAACCGUGAGGGUGCAGCUGUUCAUGUGUGUUAAUGGAGGCAGAGGUCAGCUGGUCACAUAACUGGGAGUUAUUUUUACACCCCUCCCUCUGCCUCAGACUGGUUCUGACUCCGGGCUUUCAGCUGAAAGUAUUUGGAUCAGCAGCACCAAGCUUCAGGUACCGUGUUGGCUGGGUCGGACUGGAGCAUGCUUUAGGUUUUGGGUUCAAUGCCUUUGGAUCAGAACCAACUGCUUGUUUAUCAACGUUAACGGCAGAUGCUAGAAUCGGACGGGUCAAAACCGAGCUGAAUGGGGUGAUGUGGUUCUGAGAGUCCAUGUGGGUCAGUACCUUUGUAAACCAGAUUUUAUAUGUUGGUAUUUCAGAACCACAAGAAGACACAACUCUGAGUGAACCGGGUCAGUACCAGUGUCAGAAUCAGGUCGGCUGGUCUGUCUCCAUGGUAACAGAUGCUGAAGCCUCUCAGCAUCCGUUGGUUCUGUUCAGUAGAGCCCCUGCAGGUUUAUAGAACCAGAACACCACGGAGUUAAGAACCUAUUAGUCAUCAGAACCAAGGGUCUCUGGACUUGAUCAGAUCAGACCAGAACCUCAAGCUGGUUCCUAACUCAUGUUUUGUUUCUUGUAGAGGUUUCCACCUUCAGAACCUUUGGGUCCUCUGUUGGUCCAAAUAGGUCCAUCCUAAAGAACUGGAAUGGUUCCAGUCCAUCAACGAGGACAACAGAACAACUAUAAAACCCAUCUACGUGGCUUCUUCAACCAGAGACAGAACCACCUCCAGGAUGGACCCAACCGGGCAGACGUGUGGAGAACAGAGGUUCUGUGGCUCUGUCACCACCCUGAGCACCAUCGCUAUCCAAACCGGCCAGACCCAGAUCACCGCCUCUGUUCUGCAGAUGUCCAUCAGCAUCGGGCGGUUGGAGGACCUGAAGGUAACACCUGGUGAAGAGGGACUGACUGGAGUUCAGGUCUCAUUCAACUCCAUGAGGAGAGAGAUUCUGGAGAAGUCUUUUCAGGUUCUAACCAGCUACAGCGCUCUGCAACAGAACCUCAGACAACUGCAGAGGAUCGAGGCCCUCCAGAGGAGAGGAGGAGAACUGCGGGAGGAGAAAGAGGAGGCGAAUCAGAGUUCCCAGAGCAGCAGAGGGGCUAUGUUGAGGCUGGAACAGCUGAUGGAGAUCCUACAGAACCAGAGGUGGAAAGCUGAGCAGGUCUUCAGGCUGCAGCUCCAGCGGGCCCUGGAAGUCCAGGGGUCAAAGAUGUCAGAAUCACAGGAUCAGACUCAACUGGACAGGAACCUGCAGCCUGGGUCCAGAUCAGAGGUACCAGAACCCUGGCCAUGGGACAGUAGGGGUCCAAGGUCUGAAUCUGGAUCAGAGCAGACCAAGAAACCAGAGAUGGAAUCCAGACCAUUAAAGACCAGAGACGUUCAAUCCAGUUUCAGAUCAGGUCUGAAGACCGGUUCUGGUGUGAAGUCUGGACCCAGCUCAGAGUCCCGGGACCAGGCCGAGAGCUGUCAGUACCAGGAACUGAUGUUCUGCAGGAAAGACCAGGAGAGGCUUCAGAAGAACCUGCAGGACCUCAAGUGUGUGUCAGAACUGCUGGACAGUUGCACCCUGAUGGAUCUGGGCUCAGACCUGCAGACCUCCAGGCUGCUGACCUGUUUCAGAGAGGCUGAAGCACAUUUUAGGGUACGGGCUUCUGCAGAUCCUAGAUGUUGGUGUGGGACAAGGUGCGAGAUGCUUCCUGGACAAAAUGGACUUCCUGUGUGUGGAUCAGAACCAGUUCUUGUCCCUCUCUUCUCUGCAGCAGCUGGAUGCUGAGGUGGAGGAGAUUCUGGAAAGAGUCCAGACCCAGGUGGAGGGAGGAGCAUGGAUGGAGAAGCUGCUGAAGCUCCAGCUGACCGUAAAGGAGAAGAUCCAGCCGAGCAAGUUCAUCCUGAGCUUGAGCAGGUGUUUCCACCGCACAGCUAAUAAGGUGAGAGGAACUGGCCCCGCCCAUCUAACCCCUGUUUAUUCUGGUGGAAAAUCUCAGCGAUUAAACGAUAAGACCUCAAGAAGCGGACAGAAACCCACAUCUAAACCAAAAUGUAAAACACGCCUUUAUGUCCAUGCAACACUUCCCCUACAUACAUCCAAGGGAACCCGCCGCGUCAGGGACAAGUUUGCUGUUUGACCAGUGGAGGAUGCACAUGAACGAGGGUUACUGUUAAACCCAACUCCAGCUUGUUCCUUGACUGACCAGAGAGGGCGCUGCUGCUGCAGGAAUCCACUCAUAUAAUGAUGAUUCAGCCUGAGGGUGGUCCAAGAUGGCCGACUAGUAGACACCAUCGACAUAAAUAUACUGGACAUCUCCUCUCCAUAGGCUCCAAUAUCACGUUUUUGAGGCCAAAUGGGAGGUGGCCACCACCGCCAUUUUGACCGUGUCACAGGUUCCGUCAAGCCCAGACAAUUCCAAAAAUGGGAAGAGAAGGAGGAGCUGAGGGUGGGGCUGUAAGGCUGGGAUCAACUGACGACACCCGGUUGAACUAGCUACAAGCUAACCCUGGCUAACCCAAAGCUAACGCGGAGGUGGGAGCUAAGCUAACGGAGGUAGCAACCUAGCUACAACCGGAGUUAACUGUGCACAACACCAGAGCUUCUGAGCCAGAGAUACGCCGGGCUGACCGCUGGGUAAAACCGGGUGGAACACAGAGGUCUCCCAAGAGCUCCACAAGC